GGUGUUCAGCGCUUAGUAGUCCGCGGUACGCGUAACUUGUACGAAGUUCGUCCGGCGGAAGUCGCGUCAAAAUUUUGUGCGCAAGUGACAAGUGUGUGACAAUAUUUUCGUUAGACCUUUUACCGCCGUUACUAUAAUAAGUUCGGUUCGCGGGACGCCGACGCGCUGGCGGCGGGCCGUUUACGUCUGCGUUUUCAACGGUCGUCGCCGUUAUUGUGAUAAUGUGCCGCCCGACGACGACAACGACGGCGGCGGCGGUGACGCACCAGCUACGGACGAGUUCGGCUGGCCGAGCACGAUGAAGUCCUCCUCGUGGAUCCAGGCCGCGGCCGUCAUCGUACUGGUCGCCCUGUGCGCUCCUCAGCCAGGGCUCUGUGAUCUGACCGGAAGUCCUCCGACAAUAUGGGUGGAUCGGAAUUGGGUAGUCGACUCCACGGCACCCGUUGGCUCGGUUGUUGCCCGGGUUCGCGUGUCCGAUGUCGGCAACGAGACGGUCCUGGUAUACGGAUUAGAACACUCGACGGGCUUUAACAUCGUCCAAGAGAAUGAGGACCCAUUGCCGUUCACAAUUGACGAGAACGGAAAAGUCACCACGAAUACAUCUCUGACGAACAAGGAGGGAAAAAACAUUUAUCUGUACGUAACGAUUAACGAUGGUCACUUGACAUCCAAGACACAGGUAUGGGCAAAAGUAGAAGGGCCCGGCGGUGGUGGUAGUAGGAAUAAGCCAAGUGGUGGAAGACUUCCAACAGACUUUUUAUCGUCGCAGUUCCGACCACCGCCCCCGCCGUCAAUCCCAAUCAAUGGGGCUGGAAGCAAUUUUCAGGGCGUUGUUUUUACGCCCCCUAACAAACUUCCACCCCCCGGACCGGCCAGGACGAUGUCGCCCAGGCCACCGAAUAAAGUUCCUACGGUGAAGCCGACGUCUACAGUCAUUACCACGCAAAAGACAGUCGUCGCUGAUACACCGGUUGCCGAAGCCUCCACAUCACCGACAGUAGCCAGUAGCACAGUCGCCUCGACCGUGGUAACCGACACAGAAAUGAACUUGGUAACUGGCUCCACUACCACAGAAUCUGGAUCUAGCACUGUUAUUACUGCCACCGCUACUACCGCCCGGUCCAGCGACAUAAAAAACGUGACAGAAACAGUGCUCACCCCUCCCACAGUGACAACCCAGCAACCAGUUCAGAAUAACUUGGUGUUGGCCCUGGUACCCAUAGUGAUCGCCACUGUCUUUUUGACUACAGCUGGUGUACUCGCUUGUUUGUUCCGAAAAAGGCUAUUUUCCUCCAAAGUCAAGUCUAAAAAAGUCAAUUCAAUUGGAAAAAAGAAAAGCUUUAGAUCGGACGAUCCGAUGGUCAUGCACCACUGGAGCGGACCACGGGCUUUCACCAGGUAUGAGAGCUGGGGAUCAGAUCCAUCGACCCAUGGGCAAUACACCGGUGGCAAGGAGUCAGCGAUCAAAGAAGUCGAUCCGUGGGAGAUACCCAGACACCACAUACGGGUGUGCUCAAUACUGGGCGAGGGAAGUUUUGGGCAAGUCUGGAAGUGUGAGGCGUACAAUGUCAUGGGAUUCAAGGGCAACAUGGUGGUCGCGGUAAAAACGCUCAAGGACAACGCGGGUGAACGAGAACGACUCGACCUGGUACAGGAACUGCAGGUGAUGAAAUCUUUGGAGCCACAUCCGCACGUAGUAAAACUCUUGGGAUGUUGUUCAGAAAGAGACCCCUUGUUCGUCGUCAUGGAGUACGCGAAAUUGGGCAAACUCCAGAGCGUGUUGCGGAACUCUCGAGGCAUAAACUACUACACCAAUACUCACGGUCCGAGUUCGUUGACGUCACACGAACUCAUUAUGUUCUGCUAUCAGAUCGCCAAAGGAAUGGACUUCUUGUCGUCUAAAGGGAUCAUACACAGAGACCUGGCGGCCCGGAACAUUCUGGUGACGGAGGAACGGGCGUGCAAGAUCUCCGACUUCGGAUUCGCUCGGGACGUGGCCAGCAGCCGGGUGUACGAGCGGAAGUCCGAGGGGCGGCUGCCCAUCCGGUGGAUGGCGCCCGAGUCGCUGUUCGACAACCUGUACUCGGCCAAGUCGGAUGUCUGGUCGUUCGGCGUGCUGAUGUGGGAGAUUGUGACGCUCGGCUCGACGCCGUACCCGGGAGUGGCUGCUGCGGACGUCAUGAAGCGUAUCCGGGACGGUUACAGACUGGACAAGCCGCAACACUGUCGGCGCGAGGUGUACAAUAUCAUGUUCUACUGCUGGGACAAGUGCGCAGACGACCGGCCCGACUUCGCCGAGCUCAUGGAGCUACUCGACAAGCUGCUGGUCGAUGAGACGGACUACAUACAGCUGGAUAGGUUCCCGGACAACGCGUACUACAACAUCACCACGUGCAUAAGUGGCGAACGCCUGUGACAGGUCUCCGCCGCGCCCGACGUCACUUCCGCGCGGCAGACGCACCGGCAGCGACGACGAAACGAUUCCGUUCGACCGAGUCGUUUCCGUUAAUAGUUAUAUAAUAUGAUGACAUAUCAUGUAAUUACAUGUCUACGAGUAUUUCGCGUGUCACACGUAAAAAAACAACAAAAAUUAAUAAUAUUUAGAAAAAAACACUUGCAAAUAGGUGUAAACGUAGCGAUAGAAAUAUUUAUUAUGAUUUGUCGACAUCCGGCCCACCCUGUACAUAUAUUUAUAAUGCAACAAUAAAACUGCAUGACAUUUCGCUUUAUACGCAAAUGUAUCAGUUGUAUAAAAUUA